AAAAAAAAAAAAAAAAGAUGGGCUCGAAGGUAGAGUACGUCGAGUCGUCGCACAUGUACGCGACGAACUACAUAAGGAAUUCGAGGGCCAUCGGGGUGCUGUGGGGCAUAUUCACCAUAUGUUACGCGAUAAUCGGCGUCGUGGCCUUCAUCACGCCCGAGUGGCUCGGCGAUCUCCAGCACGAGAAUCCUGGCAGGUUCGGCCUGUGGAUGAGGUGCAGCUUCGGCGGAACUGCCGAACUGGUCGAGGAGUGCGUGGGCCGGCUCGACGACCUGUCGUCGAUUUCCAACGUGCCAUUCCGAGCUAGCACCAUCCUCGUGGCGAUAGCCGUGGUCAUAGCUCUCGCCUCGAUCUGCGCCAUGAUGCUCUUCUUCUUCUGCCAGACGACCACUGUUUUCUACAUUUGCGGCUGGAUGCAGGUUAUUUCCGCUGUUUGCAUGGCCAUCGGAGUCUGCGUCUAUCCCCUUGGAUGGGAUUCUCCGCACAUUCGCGCCGUUUGUGGAGCCUCGGCUUCGAGGUACAACCCAGGGGCGUGCGCCGUGCGAUGGGCCAUACCCUUGGCGGCCAUCGCGGCCCUCGACGCCGCAACCCUGGCCGCGCUCGCCUUCAUCUUGGCCUCGAGGCACGUGAAACUACAGCCGGAGCCCUUCAACAACGGAUCCCUGUACAAAGGUGAGGUGAACCCGGGCUACGUGAACGAGGCGCAGAGCAUCGCUGGCUCGCGCAAGUCCCUGUCGCUGAGGCCGGUCCUCCUCGUGGCCCCACCGGACCAGGACCGCUACAGCGAGCUCUCCCGGGCAAAGUCGCACUCGCACCACAGUCUGUUCGCCGCCUCGCAGUCGCACCCCCUCCACGCCAUGUCCAACAACACGCUCAACCACUCGCAGCACAACUUCCAGCUCUGAUCGGCGGGACUUUUUUUUUUUUUUCCAUUUUUCUUCUUCUUCUUCUUCGUAUAAGUUUACUCAACUGCACUGCCAGAACGGGAGACUCGGCGCCCGCGAGCUUUUAUCUGUGCGUUGCGUCUUUCUUUGUUGUGAUCAGCGUUGAAAUGCCCCAAGUGUUUCGAGUAUUAUGUAUUCUAUCGAGUAUAAAUUUCGCGAUGCAAUGUGCACCUAAUAUUUAAACUGUUGCGUGUCUUUUCGUAAAUUGCUUGGAUACAUUUUUUUUUUUUUUUUUUUUUUUGCAAACUAACAUUUUUUUGAGCUUUAACUUUAUUUUUUCUCUACGUUUUAUUAUUGACGAGUCUGUGGGAGUAAAUAGUUCGAAUUUACUCUUGCAGAAAAAAAAAAAAAAAUCCGUUGUCCCUAAGCGUAGAUUUUUGUGUACUUGAGUACAUAUUUGUAUAUUCAACAUUAUUAUGUUUUGACUUUGAAUAAAUAGAGAGUAAGUGAUUUACGUUUGAUGAUUGGUAUGUUACAAAUCGACUGAAUGGUGUGAAACAAUAUUGUUACUUGUUGAGAGUGAUUGGACGGAGCUCUUGGGAGCG